AUGGAACUCACAGAGGAGGAGCCUGGCAUGCCCCAUGAAUCAGCAGAGGAUUUGUUUCAUUUCAAUGUUGGGGGCUGGCAUUUCUCAGUUCCCAGAAGCAAGCUUGCUCAAUUCCCAGACUCGUUGCUCUGGAGAGAGGCUUCCGCCUUGACCUCUUCAGAAACCCAGAGGCUAUUUAUUGACAGAGACGGCUCCACGUUUAGGCAUGUACACUAUUACCUCUACACUUCCAAGCUCUCCUUUUCCAGCUGUGCAGAGCUGAACCUACUCUAUGAGCAAGCCCUGGGUUUGCAGCUGAUGCCUUUGCUUCAGACCCUGGAUAACCUGAAGGAAGGGAAGCAUCACCUCCGUGUGCGGCCUGCAGACAUUCCUGUAGCUGAGAGAGCAUCUCUGAAUUACUGGAGAACAUGGAAGUGCAUCAGCAAGCCCUCUGAAUUUCCAAUAAAAAGCCCCGCCUUCACAGGUCUUCAUGAUAAGGCACCUUUGGGACUCAUGGACACACCGCUGUUAGACACAGAAGAGGAAGUGCACUACUGCUUCUUACCCCUCGACCUGGUGACCAAGUAUCCAAGCCUCGUGACUGAAGACAACCUGCUGUGGCUGGCUGAGACUGUGGCCCUGAUUGAGUGCGAAUGCAGCGAGUUCCGCUUCAUUGUGAAUUUUCUUCGCUCACACAAGAUUCUUCUACCAGAUAACUUCUCCAACAUAGAUGUGUUAGAAGCAGAAGUAGAGAUUCUGGAAAUCCCUGAACUUACAGAAGCUGUACGGCUUUACCGGAUGAAUAUGAGUAUGUUGGCCAGGAACCCUGGUACCCACAAUGUCCAAUUCAGGGGUGAUAAAAGAUCCCAGAGUUGUCGCUUUCUCCCCAACACAGGUGGCUGUUCCCGGACCUCCUGUCCUCCUCUGAGCCCUGGAAAGGGGAGUCGUACAGCCAGUCUGGAGUCUGUGAAGCCACUUUACAUGAUGGCACUGGGCCUGUUGGUCAAGUAUCCGGACUCUGCACUGGGACAGCUUCGCAUUGAGAGCACGCUGGAUGGAAGCAGGCUGUACAUCACAGGGAACGGGGUCCUCUUCCAGCAUGUCAAGAACUGGCUGGGCACUUGCCGGUUGCCCCUAACUGAGACCAUCUCUGAGGUAUAUGAGCUUUGUGCCUUCCUGGACAAGAGGGACAUCACCUAUGAGCCGAUGAAAGUGGCUCUGAAGACUCAUCUGGAGCCAAGGACAUUGCCACCCACGGAUGCACUCAAUGAGGAAUGGACAGCAGGAAUCACUAUAUAUUCACCCCAACAGAUCAUCAAGCUUUAUGUUGGAAGCCAUUGGUAUGCAACCACCCUGCAGACCCUGAUGAAGUAUCCAGAACUUCUAUCAAACACACAAAGAGUAUACUGGAUCACCUACGGACACACCUUGCUCAUCCACGGUGAUGGCCAAAUGUUCCGACACAUUCUCAACUUCCUGAGACUUGGAAAACUGUUUUUACCAUCAGAAUUUAAAGAAUGGCCUCUCUUCUGCCAGGAGGUGGAGGAGUAUCAUAUUCCAGCACUCUCAGAAGCCCUUGCCCAAUGUGAGGCAUUCAAGUCAUGGACUCAGGAAAAAGAAUCUGAAAAUGAAGAAGCUUUUCCCAUUAGGAAGCUGCAUGUGGUAACAGAAGGGACAGGACCAAUGGUGGAGUUUAGCAGAGAUGCCAAGGAAGCCACAGCUUGCAUGCCUGCGGACUUCCAAGAAUGCAGUGACAGGACUCCAUGGAGCAAGGCCAAAGGGAACCUGCCCAGGUCCAGCCAGAUGGAAGAGGCUGAACAGUAUACCCGGACUAUUCAGGUCUCACUGUGCAGAAAUGCCAAGAGGGGGGGCAAUCCCAGCACAUAUUCACAAUGUUCUGGCUUAUGUGCCAACCCAAGGCACUGGGGAGGUCACUCUGAGAGUCCUCCCAAGAAGAAGUGCACCACUAUAAACCUCACACAGAAAUCGGACGCCAAAGAGCCUCCUGUUACCCCCAUGCAAAAACUCAUCUCUUUGGUAAGGGAAUGGGACAUGGCCAACUGUAAACAGUGGGAAUUCCAGCCCCUGACAGCCUCCCGGAGCAGCUCUUUGGAGGAGGCUACCCUGCACGUCCCCUCAGGAAGUGAGGCUGCUUCCCAACCUUGUACCUCAGCUGCCUGGAAAGCUCAUUCUGUAUCCUCAGAGAAGGAUGCUGGUGCCCAGCCUGGGCCCGCAGCUGGAGUGAAAGACAAGGGUCCAGAGCCAACUUUUAAGCCAUACUUCCCCACAAAAAGAACUGUUACCCUAAAGGACUGGAGCAAACAGAGGCCUAAGGAGAGAGAAAACCCUGGCCCUGAGCAGCCGCUGCCUAAUGUUAAUGGGACAGACAACCCGGGGGUCAUCCUCAAAGUGACCCACCCCCCAGUGGUGGGUAGUGACGGCUCUUGCCUGUUCUUUGAAGACAGCAUCAUCUACACUACCCAGAUGGAUAACAUCAAGCACACACAACUCACAUCCAGCCCCCAGCCUCCAGAAGUGACCUUCCUGAGCUUCUCCCUGUCCUGGGAAGAGAUGUUUUACGCACAGAAGUGCCACCGCUUCCUGACUGACAUCAUCUUGGACUCCAUCAGGCAAAAGGACCCCAAGGCGACCACAGCCAAGGUGGUGUCCCUGGCCUACCGGCUGUGGACCCUGAACGUCAGCCCCAAGCAGUUUGUGGUGGAUUUGCUGGCCAUCGCUGGCUUCAAGGAUGACCGGCACACGCAGGAGCGUCUGUACAGCUGGGUAGAGCUCACACUGCCUUUCGCCAGAAAAUAUGGCCGCUGCGUGGACCUUCUCAUCCAGAGGGGCCUGUCUAGGUCGGUCUCUUACUCAGUCCUGGGCAAGUACUUACAAGAAGGAUAGAGUACCCAGAGAUGUGGGUCCCACAGACGACCUGCUCAAGGCUCAGGCAACGACAGAAAUCACUCUGUUCUUUAUUAUAAACAAAUAAAAGAGUAAAUCACAAGAUAACUGUCUAGACUCCUCUGAGACAGCACUGUCAAUGGCCAGUGGAACCAGUAGCCAACUCUAAUUGACAGCUGUUCAAAGAGCAUCAAGUCAAAAUAACCAAGCCGGCCAGAAAACAAGAGGCUGCAAAUGGGGAGCCAAGGAACUCAAGAAUGCGGGGCCUGUGGGGGCAUGCUAGCCCUGUAUUUGGUGAGAUCAGCAUUAAGUUCAAGGGUUGAGGAGAACCCACUGGUGUCCCUCAUGACUUCUCAGAGCUCCAUAGUACUCUA